GGGGGGAGAGCCCGGUACGGCCCGGGCACCCAGGAGCUGCUGAGAGCGAUGCUGGAGGGAUCAAAGCUGACGCCUUUCCAGAAGCGAUGCCUGAUGGACUGCGUGAGACGAGGAGAUGCCCUGCCCCCCCAGUGCCACCCCACAUCCAGCGAGAAGCGAGCACCUGCAGCACCCACUUUCUCCCGAGCAGUCUGUCAGCCGAUCAGGCUUUCAGCUAAACCACAUCUCCGGCCUGCCAAGGUCUGCCAGGCAGGGGAUGCCUACGUUCGAGAGAAAUUUAAGCCACAGGCGAGACGAGAUUUGGAAAAGGAGAAGCAAAGGCUCCAAAACAUCUUAGCGACAGGGAAGGAUGUGGUGGAGCACAAGGUGAAGCAGAGACUGGUUCAGACAAAGGAAGAGGAGACACCUGAGCCUGACCGGUUCGAAGAACUGGUGAAUGAAGUUCAGGAGAGGAGGGAAUUCCUGGCAGAGAUGGAAGCUCUAGGACAGGGCAAGAAGUAUCAAAGGAUUAUUCUCACUGAAAUCUCACAGAAAAUGCGUGAGAUGGAGAUCCUUGACAAGAAGAGAAGUGAGGCAGUGAGAGAGAUCAUGACAAAAGACUUCCCUGGUGGGAACAAAUCCGAUCCCCCCCAUCUAGGCCAAGGGAAAAACACAGGUGCAAGUUGUUCCCACCUCUUCUUCCCAGACUCGCAGCCCUGGAGUCUCAGUCGCUGGUCUGUGCCUGUGCCCGUGUCCAAAGAGGAGGCAGCACCACCUGUUGCCUAA